AUGAGAAAUCCUACAUAAGAAACAAAAUUUCCUAAAAUUGAAAAAAGUCCAAGGUUCAAUACUAACUAAUCAUAAUUCCAUAACAAAUCAAAUCAAAAUAUGACUAAAUCUUAUUACAUGUCUGAAAAUGAAAUGAAAGGAUCUUCAUAAUUCAAAAGUAAUAAUAUUCGUUAAGAUUAGAUGAAUAAUAGACUGACAUAAAUUUUUAUAAUAAUCCUUAAUCUUAAGGAACUGAAAUUAUUAUAGAACUAAGUAAAAGAUAAUAACUUAAUAAAAAUUGCAAAGAAUAGUUAGAAAAAUUUAUAUAAAAUUAUUAUGGAUAAGGCAAUAUUAAAAUUGUAGUAAAUUUACUUGAUAGACUGGGAGAUAAUCAAUAGAAAUAAUAAAAGGAACAAUAUUAAUUAUUGAAAAUGGCAUUCAAUCAAACAACAAUUAAUGAAGAAGAUAAAUUAUUUCAAUAGAGAAUUUAUAAAUUUAAAGGUUAACCUGAAAAUAAUCUCUAAUCUCUUAUAUAAACGAUCAUAUACAGUGUUAAUAUUUUACCAACUUUUUAAGAAUACAUUUCAUAGAUUGGAGGUCAUAUUGAAGUUAAUUAUGAAGGAUGUUAUCUACAAAUACCUUCUCCUUAAAUUAGGUAAGUUGACGUAACAGAUUUAGAUUUUUUUUUUUUUGAUACUAUUUGUCAUUAUUUUGAAAAUACAAUUAUCUUGCAAAUUGAGUGUUAAUCUAAUGCGGAAGCAUUUGCAAAAUUUAAAAUCAUAUAUGAUAAAGGUGGCUAUAAUAUAAUAGAGAAGCAACUAGGUUUUAAAUUCAAAGAUAUUAUACUUUUGAAAUUAGAUAUGUUAAUUUGUUAAUUAGGGAAAGUAACUGAUUUUAAUUUAUUAUUAAAACAUGAUUAACUUUAUUGUUUGAUUGAAUAUAAUGGUAAAAGCAUAUAAGAAUCAUAAAAUAAAUUGAAUGAGUUUCUUAAAUGAUAAAGAAAGAAAGUGUGACUGACAGUAUUCUAUUUUAUGAUUUGCCUUAUGAUGAAGAGGAAAUUAAAUAAAAAAUUAACUUUCUCAAAAGAGAAUAUCCUGAUAUAUAUAUUGAAAUAUCUAAUUGUCAAACUUUGGAGGACUCAAGAUUAAAAAUAUAAAUUACUUCAACUACUUUUUUACUCAACGAAUAAACUUCAACUGAAUUUUUAAAUCAAGCCAAAAAAAUUAAAACUUAAAUUGAAGGAAUUUAUUUGCCUUACAAAAAUAUAACAAUUUCAUAAAAACAAAAAGUUAUUUGGGAAAACUAUCUUUAGGAAUACUUUUAACAAUAUUAGUCAUGUUUUAAUGUACAUCAAAAUGGAGAAACUAUAGAAAUAGCAUUAAAAACUAAUUAAGAAAAAUGGAGAGAGCUAGAAAAAUAACUGGCUGAUAAAUUAAAGUUUUACUCAUAUUAACCUAUUAAAUUAGAAGCUAAAAGUUAAAUAAUAAACUAAUUAAAAAACUGUUAAAAUAAAAAUAAAUUAUUUAAACAGGUUUUUCAAAGCCUCUUUGCUGAUUUCGAAAACUAGAUUAACGUUACUAUUAAUGAAGUAGAUGACAAAAAUAUUAUAUUUUAAGUCAUUUUUGAUAAAAGAAAUUUUAAUUAGUUAAAAAUAGAGGAUAUUUUAAAAACCUAGUUUAUUGCUAAUUUGAAUGUGAAAAGAUAAAAUUUGCUUUAUGAAGAUAGUCUCAAAUAUUUUUAGUUGUAAUCUCCAGAAUUAAUAUAAAAUAAUAAUAUUUUUGUACAUUAAGCACCCUAACAUGUUGCAUAUUUUCUAGGAUUAGAUGAGCAUCUGGAAGAUAUAAAGGAAUUUUUUUUAAAAUUAAAAGGAUAAUAUAAUAAUGAAUGGAUAAAGUAAGAAUUAACAAUUGAAAAUAAAUUAAUUUUUAACCUUUUAUACUCAAAAUAUUGUAUGAAAGAUAUUGAAUUAAAGUUAGGAACAAGCAUUGAAUUUAUAAAAGCUACUAAUAGCAGUUAAAAUAAGAUUAUCAUAUAAGGAUUUUUAAACGAAAUAUUGAAUCUAUUAAAAAGAUUAUCAGAAUUAGAAAAUAGAAUGAAUACAUAUAUUAAGAUAAAUAAUUUAGAAUUAUCUUAACAGGAAAUUGAAAAUUUAAUUGGUAAACAACCAGAAUUGUCAUUAAUUGAAGAAUAGACUAGUAGCUAUUUUUAAUUCCAAAAAAUUGUAAGUUUUUCACCUGAAUAAGCAAUUAUUGAAAAAUUAACAUUUGAUGGAAAAGAAAUAAGUAUAGUUAAGGGUGAUAUAACUCAAAUAGAAUGUGAGUCAAUUGUGUAUUAAAUAUUAAAUGAUAAAUGUGAAUUAGGAGAUAUUGGCCUUCAAAAUCAAUAAGUAAAAAAUUUAUUAAAAAUGACUGAUAAUCAUAUACAUGAAUUUUUCAAAGAAAUAAUGAAGAAUAGAUCAUAGUUAAAUCCUGGAGAUUUGUUUUAUUACAAAGUUAAUACUUAAUGUCAUGUAGAUCAUAUUUUUAAUAUUUAUCCUCCUACCUAUAGGCAAGCAAAGACUUUGGCUCGUGACUAAAAAAUCAUAGAGUAAUUGGUUAGUAAUAUUUUUAAAAUGGCUAAGGAGAAAAAAAUUAAAUAAAUUGCUUUUCCAAUUAUUAGUGUUCAAAUUUUUGGUUUUUAUAUGAGUAUGGCUAGUUAAAUACUUUUAAAAGCAAUUAUACAUAAUUUGUUUCAAGAAGAUUGUGAUGUUAAAUAAAUAUUUAUACUUGAAAACGAUGACUAAAGAUGUAAAAAAAUAAUCUAUCAUUUUAAUCAAAUUGUAUCUGAUAACCCAGAAUAAAAGACAGAAAAUUAUUUAAAAUAAUAAUGGUAGUGGUUCGAGUAAGAUCACUAUGAGGAUUAUGAUGAUUAUGAAGUUAAUAGAAAAAUUUGUAAAAUGUAUAGCUUAUUCGAGAAAGGCUAAGAUUAAUAAUUUAAUAUAUUAUAUCCUUAUAGUAAAUAUCCUGGGACACAUCUAAUAGAUUUAGACUAACAAAAAAUUUGGGAUAAAACUCACAACAAUUCUGAACAAAGUAUAAUUUCGAUUGAUAACUUUGGAGAGAGAAAAUAUUAUAUAGAUGGAAGACUAGUAAAAGAUGAUUUAAAUAGAUAUUUAAUACAAUAGGAAAUCUAAGGUAAGAGAAAAUUCGACAUUUUUUAUAAAUUUUAUGAAAUUCAUUUAACUUCAUAAGGACACUUUUAAAAAAAUCUUUAAUUUGGAAAUAUUAGGGCAAUCUAAUUUAUUCCAUAUGAAAAGCCAAAUUUUGAAGAUGUUUUGAUUUAAUAGAAUUCUUAACUUAAAAUUGAGAAAAUGAUUGGAACAUCCUAGUUAAAUGGAUCUUAAAGCAUUCACUAUGACAUUAAUUAACAGAAAAAAGUGAAAUAUGAUUAAUUAUUGAUACAUACUUCAAAUGAUGAUGAAAAUAUUCCAAAACAAAAACUAUUGGAAUUAUUGCAAAAUUCAACUGUAAAAAAAACAAAAACAUCUUAAACCCACUUUAAAACUUAAUAAACUACUUAAAAAUAAUCAGAAUAGAUGUUUUUAAUUCGUUCUCCUACAAAUAAUCGCAAAUUACUAUUACCUAAAAGAGAACCUUUAUAAGAUAAAAAUUGA